AGCUUCGCAUUUAUUUAUGCAAGCGGAGUAUGACAGCAAUAGUGAAUGAGAAUGUGAAGUUCAAAUAGAUUUAACAUUUAUUGCUUUUCAUAGUUUAUAAGUCUGUUUGAAAUUUUGCUCAGUUGGAUGCAAGUCUGACGUGCUCGGUACAGGUAUGUGCAUACGUGGUGGGAAGCAAAAGUGACCCGCCGAAGCCAACAAACAUCACGGGUCUUGCAUGAUAGUGAGAUGAUAGUGAUGGCUGGCAAGUGGCAAGCCCUCCUCACUUUCACAUUUAUUUGAACCUCAUCUUCUAAUUCUAUUCCAUCCUAUUCAUUCCCAUUGCGUUAUCAUACAUCGCUGGUAGGUCUCAUCUAUCUUCCGAGUGAACCUGGGCUAAGCUAGUUUUAUUCAUAGCUAUUGAGCAGACUGAAGACUGAAGAGAUAAAAGCAAGAAAAACAAGAAAGCAAGAUGAGAUUUCACGUGGGAGUUUCAAGCUGUGGUUUGUGGCUACCAGUAUCUGUGUUUUUGAUGUUCUAUAUCUCUGGUUGUCAAGGAGUGGAAUAUACGAGUCCCUUUAACUAUACGAAUACGUCUGCUUUGGUGGACGUGACUUGUCCUUCGACUCAGACGAUCUUUACGGCGUUGACCGUGAUGGUACUGGAAGGUCGUUCCGAAUUUCUGGAAAUGGAAGAACGCUUGGCGUUGAAUGUCGAGUUUCAACGAAUCUACAAUGGACUUACGGAGUCCAACUGCGACGCUUACUUUCGAAGAAUUGCCAAUCUGACAUUUAUCAAAAUGACAAAUGAUCUAGGAGACGAACUCAUGCUACCCAAUGCUACCUCUGCUACUACCGGUAGUACUACUGAUGACGGCGAUUCCAACCAGAGACUACUACAGGCUCGACCUACCGACGCACCACUCGAUGUCAAUGCGUCCAGAUUGGGAGGUGGAGUUGAUGUUACCUAUGAAAUCACUGGGACUUGUAGGGCAUGCCCCGUCACGCGAACGGGUGCCUUUGAACUCUACGACGAUUCUUUUCGUCGACGACAACGCCAUCUUGUCACCCUUGGAGACGCGCAAUACAAUGUCCGCCUGGAAACCACACUGACUACAAUUACUUCCGUGACACAUCGAGAAUUGGGUUCGGAACACACUUCCAAUUCCGAUUGUCAAUGCGUCGAAGGAGCUCUGCCAACGGAACCUCGGGCACCCGGUGUUCAAGAAUGCGUCGAUGCCAUGAAUGUCAAAUUCGACAAUUUACGAGAAAAACGAGGACUAUUCCAAGGACUCAACAUGUCCGAUCUAUUGCAGUUGGACGAUCUAGCCGAGUUGGACGACGACACUAACAGUAGCACCGUGACGGACGAUGUGGCCGAAGUCGCCCGGGACGGCAGCAAAGAACCCGGCGGCGAUGGUGACGACAGUAGCAGUACCAACCAUAUUUGGGGAAAAGAUGGAUCCAACGAUGUCGAAAACAAGGAGCAAGAGCAACCACCAGACACGUAUGCAUCUUCUUCCCACAGCAGCGGCUCAUUAUCAACACUACAAAGUACCACGACAAACUUGAGAGUGCUACUGAUGCUGUUAUCUUGGAUGCCUCUGCUGGCAUUGGGUUGAGGUUUUGAAGCCGGCUAUUUAGUAGCAAGCAAGCAGCAUGACACAUCAAUACGCAUGCUGCCUCUAGAGCUGGAUGUUUACGUUUGGCUGUCGAUCGUGAAACGUCUUUCCAUGUAAUUUCUUCUCGAGUUUUUGGUACUGUAUCGUAAUAGACUUUUUCUCACAUUGACAUUGGGAGUACCUACCAUAGCUAAAUUUAAGCUGAGGAUGAAUUGAAUCGAUUGCGCGAAUGUCAAAUGCACUGCUGGUGGUUGGCCCCCCUCCCGGUAUGUAGCCAAGUCGUUUUGUAGCUAUCCUUCUUGUGAACACGAUAGACUAUUGAUAUCGGCACGGAAUCGGAAGCAAAGCAUAGCAUCCAGCGACGACUGUUGCUAGCUAGCUAGAUGUAUUUGAUUCAAUCUUGUGCGUACAGUCGUACCGUACCGCCCGAGCAUGCCACCGAGAAAUAAAUGGAUUCCAUCGUUCGGCUUCUGCC